AUGGAGUCACGGGGGAAGAAGGAAUCGGCCCUCAUCAGGCGCCGAGUCAAGGCCACCACCGAAUGCCUCGGCGGCGGCGGCGGCGGUGAGCCCGAGUUCUCGGUGCAGCUGAGAUGUGUCGUGACCAAGUACAUCACGGCCGGGCGGGGGCGCGGGCAGAGGCGUGAGGGCAACUACCGCGGGGGCGGCGCCGAGGCGAGCUUCGUGGCCACGUGCCCCGAGGACGUCCCGGGCGACGAGGACGGCGUCCGCGCCGUGAUGCGGCGGCUGCUGAGGGCGAUCCGGCCGCUGCGGGACCUCGACCUCACCGACGACGAGUGGGAGGCAAUCCUGCCCGAGGACGUCGUGCCGCAGAUCGCCGAUCUGGCGCGGGGCCGCGACGAGGGCGACCACACCGCCGUCGACGUGCUUCUGGCGGUGGUUCGGCACGUCAGGUACAGCGCGCCAAGGGUGCUUAUGACGGGGUGCAAGGAGGCGGCGGAGGGGAAGGCCGGCGACGGCGGGUGCAGCAUCUGCUUCGAGGCGUUGCGGGAGGCGGGAGUCCCCGUGGUGGAGCUGCCGGGCUGCGCGCACGCCUUCCACCGGCGAUGCAUCUACAAGUGGUUCGGGGAGAUGCCGACGUGCCCGUUGUGCCGGGGGAGCGUGACGAAGCAUCUGGACCCGGAGCUGCGGAAGCAUCUCGCCGAGUUCUACGGUGAUGAUCCAGACCCACCCACUGCGCUGGAUGACUAA